AUGGGAGUGAAAGAUAAAGAAGAAGAGCCACUAAUAAGCGCAAUGAAGCGUCAACUGGCGAGGGCAGGGCUGAGGAAAUGGUUGUAUGGAAUGAUCGGGCUCAUUCUCAUAUUUUUGGCCUAUCGAUGGUUGACAAAAAAAAACGAAUACACAGAGGCGGAUCUCUUUCGAAUGGGAUAUCGAGGAGAAUUGGUACUCAACAAUGUGGGCCGGCCAAAUUUGUCACUAGCCGCGAAAAAUCCCAUUGGGAAUACAGUGAAAUUGGAUGUUUAUAUGGAGGCACAAUGUCCAGAUACAUCAAGAUUUGUUCACAAACAAUUGAUGAAAGCUUGGGAGAAAUUGGGCACAAGUGGACGCGUUGAAUGGACAAUUAUCCCCUUUGGAAAAGCACGAUGCACAGAGAAGGGAGGAGAUUUCGAAUGUCAAUGUCAACAUGGGUCAAAUGAGUGCAUUUUGAAUCAAUUGAUGAACUGUGUAAUCGAAAAGACCGUUUAUCCGGAGAAAUUCAUCCCAAUUGUCAAUUGUAUUCAAGGAGAGAGAAAUCUUGAGUCAGCCACUGAUAAAUGUUUGACCGAAAAAGAGGGACUUGAUCAAAAGUUAAUGAAAGAGUGUGCAUCGGGUUCAAAAGGUCGUCGUUUAUUGGCCCUAGCUGGUGCUCGGACAGUGGCCCUUCGCCCUCCUCUCACCUUUGUCCCGUGGAUUGUGAUCGAUGGUGAACGGGUGGCCGACGCUUUGUAUGAUCUCACUGAUAAUUUAUGCAAAAAACUUCAACCAGCACCUGAGGGAUGUGCUGAAUAUACGAGGAAA